AUAAAAUGUCAAUUCAUCAAUUCUCUGCUGUUGACAUUGACGGAAAUGAGGUCUCCAUGGAGAAAUACAAGGGUCACGUCUGCAUAAUCGUCAAUGUCGCGACUAAGUGAGGAAAAACUGACGUAAACUACAGACAGUUGGUAGAGCUCUAUUCAAAGUACUCUGAAACUGAUGGUUUACGUAUUCUUGGAUUUCCUUGCAACCAAUUCGGGGGACAGGAACCAGGAACAGAACAGGAGAUCAAGGAGUUCGCAAGUGGAAAGUACAACGUAACUUUCGACAUGUUCUCAAAGAUCAACGUGAAUGGAAGCUCCGCCCACCCCAUGUGGGCGUUCCUCAAGGAGAAGCAGGGCGGAUUUCUUAUGAAUGCGAUCAAAUGGAACUUCACCAAGUUCGUUGUUGACAAGGAUGGGAUUCCUGUCGCCCGACUAGGACCUACUGAUGAUCCUAUUCCUAAUGUGGAGAAAGAAAUCAAGAAAUAUUUCUAAACAAAUGACGAACAACGAGCAUCACCAAUCACCAGCUUUCACUGUUCAUCCCAAAACAUAAAUUUCUUCCCUUACUUCAAGUAAUUGAGCCUUUGUCAGAAACUACGAUUUUCAAUUUUCCGAUAUCUUUGCAACGCAAUGUCAUAGACCUUAGAUA